AUGCACAUGAAUGUUGGGCAGGAACGCCGUUACGUCAAUAAUACUUCCGAGUCCGCUUCGGUUACCACUGGCGUGCUUGGUGGUAGCCUCGAUGUUGUAAAGAGUGGCCAGGUUCCGUCUCCGUUGUCUUUGACCCCGGAGAGUGCUGCAGGCUGUACUGGAUAUAUAGAGAGUGCGAACCUGGGUGGUGGAAGCGAGGCGGCCGUGGCGAUAGCUUGCGAGGCCGUGGUUACCGGAAGGCACAGUCACAGAGUCACCGUUGGUUAUUAUGGCGAGGGCAGUAGGGAGAUAUGGGUUGAAUGUUUUGAUAUUAGGUCAUCCGACUAUGGUUUAAGUCGCAUAGGAGCUUUCAAAGCCCGCGGUGCAUUCCACGCCAUUGAGAGGCUAAAGCAAGAUCCUAGCUUCAUCAAGAGUGGCGGCAUGGAAAAAGGCGUCGUCGGAUUUAGCGCAGGUAAUCAUGCGCAGGCACUCGCUCUCGCUUCUGAGGAAAGUGACAUCCCGGCGUACAUCGUCAUGUCUGACAUGACGCGGCCGAACAAGAUCGCAGCUACAAAUGGCUAUGGAGCGAACGUGAUUGUCUGCCCACGUUUCGAGCGAGAGACUACCACCGCCAAGAUCGUUGCCGAUAAAGGUGCCCGUCUUGUGCCACCCUUCAAUCAUCCAGAUAUCAUCCUCGGACAAGCCACUGCCGGCCUGGAGCUUCAAGAGCAAGCGGAUAAUCUCGAUGCCAUCAACGCGCCCUGUAGCGGUACUGCGCUCAGCUGCGAGGAGACGUCUAUUCGGGUCUUUGGUGCCGAGCCCGAGUUCGAAGGUGCUGACGACUGUCGACGUGGGUUCCUCACGAGCGUGAGGGUCACAAGUGUCAACACCAACACCAUCGCAAAUGGACUGAUCGGCGUUGUCGGCGAGAUCCCCUGGAGCGUCAUCUACGAGCGAAAGCUCGUGGAUGGCAUGUUUGCCGUGUCUGAAAAACAGAUUCUCGAACCAACAAGGCUGAUAUUGGAGAGGCUCAAGAUGGUGGUAGAGCCUGCUGCUGCAGUGUCACUGGCGGUGGCUUUAUAUAAUGAAGAGUUUAGGCAGAUGGUAGAGAAGGAAGCAAGCGAGAAGGGUUGGGACCUGGGACUGAUUUUGAGCGGAAAUGUUAGCACUGAUGGAUUAGCAAAGCUGUUCUGGUAG